AUUCCUACAUUUCUGCAUUUUUACUUGUGUCUGUCGUAUGCCAGACUACACAUCAUCAAAUGUUCAUGUGAGGAUAAACUCGCUUCAGUGAAAUUGGAAGCUUUCCGUCUAACUUAGCUUGCUAGCUGCUAACAAAGAGACCCGGAAGUGAUCAACACAUCGCUAAGCGGAGAUCGAGUGUUAGUGUAAAGUGUCGUGAUCGUGUGAAAAUGUAUCAAGUCCAAAUGCUGAGGGCGUUGGUGAACCAGCGACUAGCUGCGGCUGUGGAAGAAAUAUUUGUAGUGUUGGAAAGAACGAUAGCAGAGUACGAGGAGGAACUUUGUCGAACAAAAGAGGAGAACGAGCAACAACGUCAACUACUGGACGCUGUUUCCAAGAGGUAUCAAGUUGGGUUGCACGGAGCAGAUGCCAGCAAGGAACAUCAGCAGGAGUGGAGCUCCAGGAUGGAGGAGGAGGAGCCCCGGCCCUCCCACAUUAAAGAGGAAGAAGAGGACCACAGCAUCAGCCAGAAGGGAGAGCAUCUUGAAGGACCGGAGGAGUUCCCAGUGGUUGGCGUUCCUGUGAAGAAUGAAGAUGAUGAAAGUGAAAGUGAGGAGAAGAGAAAGGCGGAGCCUCCAAGCAGCAGCUCAACUCAACACAUGACAGCAGAAGCCGAUGGAGACCACUGUGGAAGAUCACCAGCAGACAAGCUCUUAGCUCCACUAUCAGAUAGUGAGCACACAACGUCACACUCUCCUGACACUGAUGAUGAUGAUGAUAACGCCAGGGCUGAUAUGACAUGUCACCGUGACAACACACACUUGAAAUGCCAACACUGCGACAAAGCCUUUAACAACCGGCGCAAUCUGACCCGACACAUGAGGUGUCACACUGACAAAACGCGCUUUAAAUGUUCGCACUGCGGCAAAGCCUUCCAUCGCUCCUGCCAUCUCAAAAGACACAUGGGAAUCCACACGGGAGAAAAACCAUUCAUGUGCUCAUUUUGUGGGAAAAGAUACUCUCGGAAGGACUAUUUGACGUCACACGUAAGAAUACAUGCCGUGCAAUGGCUGGUGUAGGUGUUGGAUAACAGAUAACACACCAGGGAACAGAGAGAAACCUUUAUGCUGUUCAGUGUGUAAUUAAAGUUGUAUACAAAGUCAUUAUUUGACUUGAUGUGUGAGAAGUCACACUGGUGGAAUAAACGAGUACAGAGCGGUUUGGAAGUCCAAGGAAAAACAGCCGGAUUAGGUGCAGAUGGUGGAAGAUCUAGAAAGCUUUGUGUGUGGUUUAUGAUUCAUAGCUGAGUCAUUGUCAUCAGACCAAAAUGAGGACAGAGAAGGAUGGAGGAUGUAGUAGACUUAUCGCCAAAUAUAGUAGACAUGAUAUCACCCAGUAUAAUAAACAAGGUAUCACUAAAUAAAGUAGACAUGAUAUCACCUUACGAAUCAAACAUAUCACCCUAUACUGUUAUUCGCUUAACUUCUUUAUAUUCAUGUUAAGCACCAAUGGGCUGUUGGAAGGUGCUAUACAAUUAAAAAUAAUACAAAUAAUCCAAAUGACGUCACAUCUUACAGCCGGAUCAGUACAGUGGAACGUGACGGACAUCCAAAGCCGAACUGAGCCACUACCGCCCUCUUGUGGCUACUUGGAAAAUAGACUAAUGUAAUGUUGGGGGAUUCGUACGUCAUUCACCCCGGAACUAUUCAAGUCGAGGGUGCUUCCACCCGGACGGUUUAUGGGACGGGAGCGGUAGUUAAGUUGUUGUUUCUUUGUCCUGAAGUCAAAAGUGUUAUAUAACAUGUAAAAUGCUUUGGAUGCUUGUUGCUAUGGCGACAGUGGUUACCGUAAGAUAUGUAAAUAAGACGUGACUCACUUUGACGUCGUUAUUUAUUGAUGAAACGAUAGUGAAAGCAGUCGACGAGCUUUGUGUACACUGCACUGACGUCACUUGGGAAACGCCCCCUUUUACGCUUCGCUUUCAGAAACAAACAAGGCAGAACGUAAUUACAAAUAAUAUAGAACAUAUUCAAGCAAAGUUGGUCCAUCAUGUCAGUGGCCCUUUAAAAGUGACAGAAGUCGUGGUGUGAAAAACAUGAAGACACAAGCAGAUCAGGAUCUUUCAUGGCUGACAUCAGUAAUCCACCGGCGGCAGGGUGACCAUUUGGGUGAACUCUUCGUAGUUAACCAUUCCAUUAGACUUGAUGUUUGCUUCUUUGAACAGCUCAUCCACUAGAAACACAACACAUCAAAUAGUUCCGUCAUCCGACAUUCGCAGCCUCACUCGUUUUUCCUUGGCAAAUAUCCAUCUCAGUCACUGGAAGGAUGUAAUUAUUAAAAAAAAAGCUCACAGUUGUUCCAUUUAUGUCUACGGGAAGCUGAAGCUGGGCUGAAAUGCUGUGGAAAUAGGCUAGAACGUUGAAUGAAAGUAAGAGUAAAUUGGUAGUUUGAGCUCAAAUCGGGAAUUGAACCAACCAUCUCUGGGUCUGGAUCGAAAGCACCAGCUGGACUUGGACUAACUUGCCACAAUCAGGCUCGCGGUAGAUCUUCCAACGCCUCCAGGAUUUCCGUCUUUGGGUCUUCCUGCUGAAUCUGACGGUGCAUCAUGGUCAGGAACGUGGAGAAGUCCAAGCUGCCCGCUGCUCCUAAAAAUAUCCGCAAGCAAUAACGACUUACGACGAGCCUUUCAAAUCAAUGGCAUUCAUUCACAUUCACUUUAGCGACUCUAGCGAUAUCGUUAUUGUAGCAGCUGACAUGAAAAACGAGAUUUAUCUGGUGGACGGACACAACGCAACAUCCUGCACAGACGGGAGCGUGGCUAGCUAGCCCCCCAUUUGCCUUCCAAGACUCAACAGGAUGCCGCUUUGCCGUCAGCAGUUUUUACCUGACGUCUCGUGCUGGAAGACACGGCCCGUCCCAGGGAGAGCGGACAUCGGAAGCGUCAUCGAUGUACUUAUGCCGCCAUUGCUGACGGAAGUAGCGUUAGCUAAAUGCGCGAUGUGAGAGCAAAGACAUUUCGAUAAUGUAAUAAAUAAUAAUAAAAUCAUGAAAAUAUGUAUCUUGGUAUCUUGUUCUUGCAUGAUGACUAACGCUGUUAGAGGA